CAUUCGUGUCGGUCGGAGGAUAAUAAUGCAAUAAUUUGCCAAUUGUGCUCGACUCACAAGAAGAACAAUCCUCCGGAACAUCCGAGCCCUGACAUCACCUUGCAAGUGACUAAGCAAGCGAAUGCUCGGCUUCAACAGCACUCUGCCACCACUGUAACUGCUUCAAAGGCCCAGACAGUGCGUUUGCAGAGCUUCUUCUUGCCGCCCUCAACGACGGGAGCCUGGCCUGAUUCCGACACGCUCGACAAACACUUGCCGACAAAGCCAACCACAAGCUGAUUACGAUGCCUGCUAAAGGAGCAACAACAGUGCCAGAGGAGCUCAUCCGAGAGUCACUGUUCAGCCGCCUCAUAGUGGUGCCAGUACUCUGCGUUUCGUUUCUAAUCUCACUGUUCUUCAUUGACCGCCAAACAUCGGGUGGUAUCUUUGGCCAAUCGAACCACAAGAAUGCGUAUUACCACUCUCACCAGCGCAAACUAGCCAAGCAGGAAAUCAACGAAGCAUUCCAAGUGCGACGAAAAGUGAUCUUUGCGAUGUGCUUGCUGAGCGCUAUGUCGUUGGCAGUUGUUGCCUGGGGGAUUGAGUCCAUUUGGACCGUGUGGAAGGUCAGAGCGUGAAGGCUCAUACUCGAUGCUCUUUAGUGGCGCUGUCAUGAUGGUACGAGCUUUUUCUUCCCUGAUUGCAACAGAUGUCAUUUCAUCACUUUUCUGGGGCAUCUGGCAGGUAACGAAGUUAGCAACAUAUUGCAGCAGGUCUCUCGCGGGG